UCUCUUGGUACCAAUGAAGCGCCUGUCAUAAACUCAAUGACAGACUCUGAAGAGCAUCUCCAUGGCAGAAAUGGCAAGGACAAAAUCCAAGGAUCUUGCAAGCCAGUCUUUUGCAAAUCAUGCUACUACGGAUAGCCCCAAACAAAUAAUUCCUAGCGGCGAAGGGCCGUUUCUCAUGGCUAGUCAGCUUACUCUUGAUCAAAUCCAGCAUCUACUGGACUUCGAAUAUCGGCCAGAAGCGGAUAUACAUCGAUGGAUACUGGAGGAAGACUUGGAGCAGGGGUCAGAAAAAGAGCAGGCGGGACUCCAAGGAAUCUCCAUCUUAGCAAAGAGUAGGCUCCAACGAUUGCACGACAGAGACUGCAAAGUACUAGAGCGUGCUGAAGAAGCAGCAGAUACCUUGCUCAUAGAUCGCAUGAUUGCGCACAAUCAACAUGAUCCACUAGAAAAUAUAGUGAUCGCAAAGAGUGACCAAAUUUUCUUUCACUCCAAAAAUAGCCAGCUUGAAAUCACAGGUUUCCCUGAUCGAGCCGUUGGGAUCAAAACCAAGAAGGGCGAAUUCUUUAUGCUACUUGUAGUGCGAACAGCAACUCCAGUCUACUUUGAUGAUGCUUUAACACAGCUUAUUCUUUUCUUGUACGGCAGCUUUGACGCCCUGUGCAAGCUUUUACCAGAUCAAGACAAAAGGAAAACUUUUGGUUUCAUCACCGACGCAGUGAAUUUCAGAUUUGCCCUGAUUGGGCCGGAUCGUGUACUACGUUUAUCUAAGAAGCUCUAUUGGGUUAAGGAUGAAAAAGUGAUUGCAGCGUACAUUAAUUAUGGGGUUAAGAAUGUACUACUUGCUGGAUGUCGUGCCACAAGUGAGUUGUAACCUGGACGACGUUGGUGUUGAUACCACCGCAAUCGGGAAGCCGCAUCACGCAAAUGCGUUUAUAAAUAAUGGUAUCUUUUCACAUUCACAAUUUCGAAACAUGUGAAUACAUCAAUUGUAUUUUAUUCAACAGAGAUGUGAUAUCCAUUAGAACCAAUCAUCGUCUUUUUAAUAAUCAAAUACUGCG